CGGGGGUUUAACUGUUUGGACUACACAUUCGUCUGAUUGGACUACAUAUUACCGUCAUCAGCGUGCGCCUUUAUCCAGAAGGACCUCUGGCGAGAGAGCAAUGCACAGCAGCUCGACCAUGGAGCAGGUAGCUAACGCUCCGGGGACACUGGCGGAGGAGGUAAACGGCGCGGGAACCACGCAGGAGGAGGAGACAACAGCAGCUAAAGAGGCAGCAGAAACCAGCAAACGUAAAAGCGACGAGCCGGUUGAACCUGAGACAAGUGGCCGUGGGAAGAGACGGAGAGGAGCGGGAGGGAAGAAGCUCCGUCCGGGCGAGAGAUACAUCCCUCCUCCGCAGAAACGGAACCCUGGUGUCAGCUUCUGCCAGGAGCAUUUCUCCGAGACCUCCUACUACUUCGAAGCAGGCCUCCGCAAAGUCCGUCCGUAUUACUUUGAUUUUAAAACUUACUGCAAAGGUCGGUGGAUUGGGAAGAGUCUCCUGGAGGUGUUCAAGAGCGAGUUCAGGGCCGAGUCUGUAGAGUACUAUCAGCGGGCUGCCAAAGAGGGUCGCAUCCGGCUCAACGACACACCUGUGGAGGACCUGUCCGUGGUGCUCAGGAAUAAUGACCUCAUGAGAAACACUGUCCACCGGCAUGAGCCACCCGUGGUUGGCAAACCUCUCAAGGUUCUGGUGGAUGACGGUGAAGUGCUCGUGGUCGACAAGCCUGCCUCCAUCCCGGUCCACCCUUGUGGUCGUUUCCGCCACAACACUGUGAUUUUCAUCCUGGGGAAAGAGCAGGGUAUCUCUGAGCUUCACACUGUCCACAGACUGGACAGACUCACGUCUGGAGUGCUGUUGUUUGCCAGAACACUGGAGAUGUCAAAGAAACUGGACCAGUUGGUCAGAGACAGACAGCUUGAAAAGGAAUACGUGUGCCGAGUGGAGGGGGAGUUUCCAGAGAGUGAGCUGAUCUGUGAGGAGCCCAUCCUGGUCGUUUCCUUUAAAAUCGGCCUCUGCCGGGUCGAUCCCAAGGGAAAGGAGUGCAGAACUGUCUUCCAGAGGCUUAGCUUUAAUGGAAAAACCAGCGUGGUCCGCUGUUUACCUCUCACCGGCCGCACACACCAGAUAAGAGUCCACCUCCAGUACCUGGGCUUCCCCAUCCUCAAUGAUCCCAUCUAUGGGUCCUCAGCGUGGGGUCCUCACAGAGGUAAGGGGGGACUGGUGGGGAAGAGCGAUGAGGAGCUGCUGCAGGCUCUAGUAGAGGAACAUCAAUCUCAGGAAAGUCUACACCUGUUGGAUAUACCAGAUGAUGGCAUUGGGAUUGUAAAGGAGGCUGAAAAAAACAAAACGUCUGAGCCUGAGACAGGUUGCAGGUCAAGCAGUGAGACAGUAAAUGAUGUGAGUCAGGGCUGUGCAGACCCAAACAGUAACAGCACCUCACUCCAAGAAUCUCAGAGCAAUCUAUCAAUUCAAUCAAAUGGAAAUCAAACCGAGGCAACUGACUCUAACCAGAGUACUCCAACAGGAACCAGAGAUCACCUGUGUAGUGAAUGUAAGCUAGUACGACCAGAUCCUACAGAAAAAGAGCUAAUCAUGUAUCUGCACGCCUUACGCUACAAAGGACCUGACUUUGAAUACUCCACAUGUUUACCCGACUGGGCCAAAGAAGACUGGGUCGAAGCUGAUUAGAGCCCACUUGAUGAAAACUUCUGAUGGCAUUUAGGUUACUGUUGUCAUGCAUGGAAAAGUGUAAUCAGAAAUCCUUUAAAGCUGCUAUAUGUAAGUUUUUGCUAUUGCUACGUAGCUAACAUCAGCAUUAACAGCUGUUUACCUACCAGGUCUAGAAGAAAUGCUACGAGUUCAGCUUGUAUUUGUUGUGUUUGCUUCUAUUUCUAUCAAUUCCUUUCUUCUACUGAAGUUAGCAUGCUAACCAGCUAGCCUCAGUCACUGUAGCAUCCAGUCUGCCCUCAGUCCAACAUGUGAGGAUGAAGAAGUAGCACUGUCCAGAGGAUGUAUUCUAACCUCUAAAUGCAACAAUGGCUGAAGUUCUUGGUAAGUAAACAGUUCUCAAUGCCAGUGUUAGCUGUGUAGCGAUAGCAAAAACUUACAUACAGCUUUUAAGAGAUUUUGCUUUGAGGCUUGAGGAUUGAGAUUUUGGUGCCGUUCUUUUCAAUAAAGUUUUCAGUAGUUCCUCUUAUGGUGGAAUAAAAUGCCUCAAAUUAUGUUUUAGCAUAUGCUGCUGCCACCAGAAUUGAACUUAUGAACUAACUAUAUGUUUUCCUUUGGCUCCAAGCUGUUUAUGCCUUAAACACAAACAGAAGAUGGAAUUGUCUUCUUUAUCAUUUUACUUUGAGAAGUGUUUUAAUGUUAAGAUUAUAGUUUUAAUUUAAUUUUAUCCUCUUAAGCCUGUAAUCUGCCUGGUACUCCAACCACAAAUUAAAAUAAAUCAGAUGCCAGUCUCAAGGAAAAUAAAUGUUUUUCAUUUUAUUUCAGUUUUGUGAAAAAUAAACAACAUUGACAGCAGUUAAUAA